AUGUCACAGAUUUCCGAAUUCGAGUCGUCGUUGAAGGAGCUGGUGCAGGCGAAGCGGUUGUCUGCUUCUAAAAUAACAAAAUUGACGGAAAUGGCCAUGGGUUCUUUGGAGCACGACACUCAGAUGGUCUCCACCUUGUAUCGCACGCACAAAUCUCUCGCAAAGGAACAUAAAAUCUCGAGUCUAUAUGUCUUUGAUGCUCUGGCAAGAGCUGCAAAAUCGAAGGCCAACAAGUUGGGCUUGACUGUGCCGGAGGAUACCACGGGCCUGUCUGGGAAUGCCGCAACGUUCCUGUCCAAACUUGGUGGAGUGGUAGAAGGACUGUAUCAAGAUAUGCUUAGCUGUGAGGUGCCAGAAGCGAAGGCAAAAUGCAAAAAGGUGCUUGACCUCUGGGUGAAGGGGAACACAUUCCCGGCUAGCUUGCUUUCGCGUCUUUCAGUCAUCUUGGAGGGGAAGAAAAAAGAACCAGAAACCAAUGGGCAUGCUCCUCUUAAUGUAUCCAUUCCGGCUUCGGAGCCUGUCAGUACGCUACCGUUCGCGCCUGCACCGCCCAUCUCUGCGACGCCCAGUGCCGGGACACCGGUCGCAGAGCCAAAUCCUCAGGCGGCGCUACUGGCUCUCCUUGCCCAGGCAGCUAGUACCACUAGUUUGCAAACCAAUGUAAAUACCCCCGCGGUUGCACCGCUUGAUCCAGCACAACUCGCAAUCCUGCAACAACUAACGCAGACUGCUGCUGCUGCAAAUGUGGUCUCUCCUGCUGCUGCGAUUCCAAAUGUUUCAUUGCAUACUAUAACCCCGGCUACUCAAGGGAAUACUUUUGUUCCUGGACCUAAUCGUAGUUCACGCUCACCUAUUCCUGAUGACCCACGUAGACCAAACCGUGACGAAUCUCGACGUGAACGGCAAUUUAGUCCAGAGGAUGGUAGAUUCCAUCAUGACAAUCGUUCUGACAAUCGCUCGUAUUCUCGGGACCCCCGCGCCAACCAGCGAGGCCAUCCUCCCAGAGGGGGCCGUGGUGGCUGGAGCGAGAGGAGGAGAUGGGACGAUCGUGACUACAAUCGAGAACGAGACCGAGACCGAGACUACCGAGGCCGUAGUCGUUCUCGCAGUCCUCCCAGUAGAUAUUCGGACAAACGAGGCGACCGGUUCCUCAGUCCACGACGAGAUGGUCCACUGUCCGGUUCGUCCUGGUCCAAUUCCGGUCGAGCAGAGCCGCCUCGCAACCUUCCGGGCAAAGACGAGUUCGGGAGAGAUAUCAGGUCUCCGUCUCCCGCGCCAGACACCAAGGCGUCGUCCAACCAACAUCACCCUGACCAACCGCCACCCACCGCCGCCGCCGUCACCCCACUCUCCAAACCAUCCCAACCCGACAAGGACUCUUCUUCUACUACAUCUGCUUCAAAUACACAUGAUGGAGAGAAUAUGCCAAUGCCUGCACCAGUAGCUCCGAUUACAUCUUCUGAUGCCUCGUCACUUGACCCCAAUACUACAAACUCUUCACAACCGCAACAACCGCAACAGCAACAAGAGGUCGAUUUUGACUUUACAAACUUUGAUUUGACCUCGCCAGCCUCGUGGGAAGCGCUCGGAAAGAUGUGGCAGGUUACGUAUGGGUAUGCGCCCACCCAAGAGCAACUCAUGCAAUUUGGGAUGACGAUGAUGUUCCAAGCGCAGAUGGCGGCUGCUGGUGGUGGUGGUGCGGCGGUGCCGGUUAAUGGGCAGCAACAGCAGGAGUGGGAGGCGGGAGGACAAGGGAUGGCGAAGCAACAGCAACAGGAUUGGGGGGCGACGACGGUGGACCCAAGGCUAUCGAAGGGUUUUGGAAAUAGGGGAAGAGGGAGGGGAGGCCCAUCUCACGGCAUUGGCCGAGAUGGACAAAGGGGUCAACGGAGUGGAUACAACAGCAAUUACUCGUCCAACGACACAGACGCCAUCGUAUUAGGUGGAGGAGACUCCAGUGAUAGCUAUAUUCAGCAUAACCAACAAUCGACCAAUACGCCUAUAGGGACCUAUGCAGGUUCAGCCUCGCCACCCACCGCCAGCAGUGGAGGAAAGAUGGAAAAAGUAGGGGAUAAAUGGGUAUUUGUUCGAAAUAAUACGCCGGUUCUAUGA